AUGGCAGUCUUUGUUAGUACUUCGCUUGACACGUGUACCCCUUCUUGAAUGGUUUAAAUAUUUGUGACAGUAUAGCGUUGUCGACGCCCAGUUAUCCUUGGAUUUGCAAGGGGACUAUCUCUCGAUAUCUGGUUCUUAAGCAUAUUCCUAUUCCAGUAACUAUUGCAAUAGUGUUCGUCAAGUUCGAAACUUUUCAGUUACAAUUGUAAUGUCUAAUGGAUAUAAAGUAUGUUAACGAUUCGUUAGAAAAGUGGAGUGUCGUCUACAGAUAAUGAAAAGUUUAAAAUUUUAAACGUGUGUUAACAGGAGCAUUGCAAUGUUUUAUAGCUAUCAAAUGUGUAGUCUGUAAAAAGUUAAGUUAUUGACAGAAAGUGUACGCUACUGCACAUAAAAGUAGUCAAAUAAAGAACCGUGCGAAAGAUGCAGACAAUAAAAUGCGUUGUGGUAGGAGAUGGGGCUGUUGGUAAAACUUGCUUAUUGAUUUCCUACACCACGAAUAAAUUUCCAUCGGAAUAUGUGCCUACGGUGUUCGAUAAUUAUGCCGUUACAGUAAUGAUUGGUGGAGAGCCAUAUACAUUAGGAUUAUUUGAUACUGCUGGUCAGGAGGAUUAUGAUCGGCUACGACCGCUUAGUUAUCCACAAACGGAUGUAUUUCUAGUAUGUUUUUCUGUUGUAUCCCCGUCAUCUUUUGAAAACGUUAAGGAAAAGUGGGUACCAGAAAUAACUCAUCAUUGUCAGAAAACACCUUUUUUACUUGUUGGUACACAAAUCGAUUUAAGAGAUGAUGCAGCAACUAUUGAAAAAUUAGCAAAAAAUAAGCAAAAACCUAUCACAGGAGAGCAAGGAGAAAAACUUGCAAAAGAACUGAAAGCAGUGAAAUAUGUAGAAUGUAGUGCUCUUACGCAGAAAGGUCUAAAAAAUGUUUUUGACGAAGCGAUCUUAGCAGCUUUAGAGCCACCGGAACCAGUUAGGAGAAGACGAUGCGUUGUCUUGUAGGACGUGAUUGCCUCCUUAUCGAACGAUUGGCUCAAUAUUGUCGAAGAUUGUGAGUUUUAUCGUACGGUGCAUGCAGAUUAUUUUAUCGAAGCAAUAACCACACACUGAAUAAGACAAAACAAGGCUUAACGUGUUGAAUAUCAAAGAACGAAUAUGCCUGCGUUCAUAUAAGGCGUCGUUUCUCUAACGAUAUUAAAAGAACUUGGAAAGUCAAGUGAAAUUUUGUAUUGAAAAUCGAUAUGGCAAUUACAAACUAUUUGCAUGUUUGCAUUUCUCCUUAAUUAGGGGUAUUAUACUUUUGUAACUGUAUAAAAUGUCGAUCGCAACACGCAGAUGUGGAUAACCAUAAUUUUGUACAUAAAUUACAUAAACUUAUUUAUCUUAUACAAUGGUGCGUAAAUGUGUCUUAUUUGUAGGUAGAGUUGUCAUUUAUAUUGAUACCUAUUAGAUUAUAUCAAGGAGAAUACAUAUAUUUUUAAACAUUUAUAAGUGUAUUAACAUGCGAGGUAUGAGUUAAUACAUGAAAUUUUUCUUCAAGGUGACUUGCGAUUUUGACGUUGACUUUUUUUACGAUCGCAUAAACGAAACAAUUCCACUAUCCAGGAUCGAAGAAAGCUCGUAAUAGAGAAUAUACCAUGAAAGCUGCAAAACUUGUAGGAUAUUUAAAAUGUAAGAUGUUUUUGACAACACAAUAAUAGCGUUUUUAAUAAAUCAUUUAUAAAAAUUA